CUUCUCUCUCCUCCCCGCCCUCCAAUUCCGGGAUUUUGGGAAAAGAUUAGUUAGUUAUUUGAGUGCGGACCUGUCUGAAGGAAGUAGGUAGAAAGAUGACUGAUGAAAUGUACUGUGAUCCGGAUGACAAUGCUAUCGACCUUGUAGAGAUAGAGUUUCAAGAUGGUACACUUUACUUCAAAGCUGAAGAUGAUGAUCACCUGGAAUCAGAUGAUUUCCGCAAACUCGAAGGCCCCAAAAAUGCAAUCUUAAGAAACUUGAACAAUCAAGUUCUCAUGAAAAAAAGUGGGAUGGACAUAGCUGUGCUCGAGGAUAUGACUGAUUGUGAGAUUCAAGCAAAUGCACCCCAAACUACAUUUAUAAUGCAAGCCUACAAAGAGACUGUACCCAACGGUUUGGCAAUAGCCAUCUUGGUGAGAAGUAAAAACCAGAUUUAUAGUCUGUCCUGCCAGAACAAAGAACUUCAAUUUAAGGAAGGUGCUGCUCCAAAUCAUAUUGCAUCUACAACAAGUGAUUUUAUAUUCUACCAAAAGAAGGUUAUAGGCCAUGAGAAGAUGCAAUUUGAAUCCUCGUUGUACCCAGGAUAUUUUCUGGCUUGUGAGAAGGAACAGCAGGGCUAUUUUAAACUUGUUUUAAAAGAAGGCUGUGAAGAAGCGGAUAAAUUUAUGAUGUUUAUUGUUCAGUAUUGCUAGAAAAAAGACACAUAAAACUACUUUGAAAAAAUUUCUUGGGACAACAGAGAAAAAACAUAUGAGUAGAAAAUAUAGCCACAUACACAAAAAAAUUCUUAGUGACCUGAAAGUUCUAAAAAAAAAUUCAUCCACUUAAUUAAAAUGGUAAAAUCAAGAAAUAAAAACCCAGUACAAUGAACGCAAUGAUACAAACAAAAUACUGGCACAUGUGACUAUUUUAUCACAACUAGUCACUCUCCCAGUGUGACUUUGGGCAAGGCCAAUUCAAUUAACGUUUCUGGCCCUCAGUUUUUCUUACUCUUCCCUCUUCACAAACUCUGUGUUCCAAGCAAACAGAAUUGCUGUUUCCUGACAUGCUAUUUCUUACCUGUGCGCUAUAUAAGUACACAAGCCAUCCCCCAGGCCUAAAAUCUCCACUUUGGUGUAUCUUGGCUUUUCUUCCAUCUCAGCUCCUUUCAAGUGUCUACAUGGAGCCUCCUCUGAGCCCUCCAAAUGUAGUUCUCUCUCCCUUCUCAAAUAUUCUCAGAGCACCUCACUGCUUUCUCCUUUGCCUUUAGUCUCCUGGAUCAACAGAUGCAAGACCUUGCUGUCUUCUUCAACCUUCAUUUAUUCAAGAAUUAUUUAUUGCAUGGUUAUUAUCUCUAAGGCCCCCAUCUCCUUUAUCUGGAGAUAUUCAAUCACCAAGUUCUAACCAUUUCCCCCCUUGUAACAGCUGCUAUAUUCUUGAUUACCUUUCCAUUCCCAUUCCCAUUGCCCACAUGCUGGCCCAUACCCUAGUUACCUCACGUUGAGGUGGGAUGUGUCAGCAAAUGUUUAACAACUGGCUCUCUGAAAAAAAAAAAAAGGUAUGCACGAUACUUAAGUUUAAUCU